AGCCCAAGGGCUGCUUUGCUGUGGAAGCUGUGAGGGAGGGUGGCGCGCGCGGGCGCGCGGGGGGCCAUUUUAGCGCUUGCCCGAGAAGGAGGUAUCGGCACGUCAGGCCGGGCCAAGUCCCUUCCAGAAAAAGGGACAGGAGCGAGAUCACUCCCGUCCCUUGCGCCCCCGGGUGCGGGGUCCGCCGCCAUGGUGACCCCAUGAAGGGAUUCCAGUCGCCGGGCCCGGACGACGGACAACCCCCCCCCAAAAAAACCCUUCAGGGGGCGCUUCUAUCCUUUCCUUUCCGCAUUGGGAGUUCUGUUUCUUUUCCUCAAGCCCACGGUGGGCACCACAGUCAUUUUCGUCCGGGGCCACUUGCAGCUGCUGCCACCCACUCCUUCUCGCUGUCUCCGACGUCUUCUCUCUCUUUUGCUGUGAUCCUGUGCGCGGUCCCUAGUUUGCUUCCCUCCCUCCCGUCCCCUUCUCCCAUCUCCCCCAAUUGUCUGUCUGUUUCUCACUGCCCCCCCCGGCCUUCUGUAUACUGUUCCUUCUGGCCAAGCAACAGCUUUUGCCACAUCUCUCCCCCCCUUCUCAUAAAGUUCCCACUCCAGGGCUUUCCCUCAGAGGCAACUCAGUCUUCUCGUUCAGCUGAACGAUGUUUUGAAUGGACUCUGUCUUGUGUUUUUGUCAAAUGUUGGCGUGACAGCUGUUAAAAUCUUCAGGGAGGGAUAAUUGUACACCUGUACCCCUGGCCUCUAAGUUUCCUUGGCAAACAUUGAUGCUUAAAAGGAGCAGAGUGAUCUCUUCGUUUGUGUGUAAUUCCUUUGGGGGUUUUUAGGUGAAACCCUCAAAUAUGUCUGUCUCUUUUGCAUGCUUGCUAAAUGCAGGUGUCAACAUGCUAGCCAAGUCAAGGAGCAAUUUGUCAAUGUACUUUCCCUAUUCUUUCUCUUAUGGAAGCAAAGUAUAAAGGUGUCCUUGCUGUCAUUUUUAAAGUUGUGUGUACUCUUUUGUCAAAUUCUGAAUAGUUCUCUCACUGUAGUUGCUUGGGUUUUGCUGUUGUUGCUUCCCCUCCCACUUGCUUUGGAGAUAAAUGAGCAGGUGAAGUGCUAAUACAGGUUGUCCUGGAGUCCUGUUGUUGUAUCUCUCUGAGAGAGAAGGCCUACUUUUUUCCUUCCCCAGUUUUUUUGGAUGUGAUGGAACUCAUGUUUGCAGAGUGGGAGGACGGGGAAAGGUUUUCAUUUGAAGAUUCUGACCGCUUUGAGGAAGACUCCCUUUGUUCCUUCAUCUCUGAGGCAGAGAGCCUAUGCCAGAAUUGGAGAGGAUGGCGGAAGCAAUCAGCUGGACCCAACUCCCCCACUGUCAAAAUGAAAGACUACGUAUAUCAGGAGAUUCAAACAUUUGGCCCACAUUGUGAAGUGAUCCCUAAAGAAAGUGAUGGGCUGGUGAUCCCACUGGUGGAGUUGUCUGCAAAGCAGGUGGCAUUUCACAUUCCAUUUGAAGUGGUUGAGAAAGUCUACCCUCCAGUGCCCGAACAACUGCAGCUUCGUAUAGCGUUUUGGAGUUUUCCAGAGAAUGAAGAGGACAUCAGGCUGUACUCCUGCUUGGCAAAUGGCAGUGCAGAUGAGUUCCAGAGAGGCGAGCAACUCUUCCGAAUGAGGGCUGUUAAAGAUCCACUGCAAAUCGGUUUCCAUCUGAGUGCCACAGUGAUACCUCCCCAGAUGGUGCCACCAAAAGGAGCAUACAACGUGGCAGUGAUGUUUGACAGAUGUAGGAUCACCUCGUGCAGCUGCACUUGUGGAGCUGGGGCCAAAUGGUGUGCCCAUGUUGUAGCCCUCUGUCUCUUCCGGAUACACAAUGCAUCUGCGGUGUGUUUGCGAGCACCUGUCUCAGAAUCCCUGUCUCGACUGCAGAGAGAUCAGCUGCAGAAAUUUGCGCAGUACCUCAUCAGUGAACUCCCCCAGCAGAUACUUCCUACUGCUCAGCGCUUACUGGAUGAGCUGCUGUCUUCUCAGUCCACUGCCAUCAAUACUGUAUGUGGAGCCCCAGAUCCCACUGCUGGUCCCUCUGCCUCAGAUCAAAGCACCUGGUACUUGGAUGAAUCUACAUUAAGUGAUAACAUAAAGAAAACCCUUCACAAAUUUUGUGGUCCUUCUCCUGUUGUCUUUAGUGAUGUGAACUCCAUGUACCUCUCCUCCACGGAGCCCCCAGCUGCUGCUGAAUGGGCCUGUCUCUUGCGCCCUCUGAGAGGGCGAGAACCUGAGGGCAUCUGGAACUUACUUUCUAUUGUUCGGGAGAUGUUCAAGAGACGGGAUACGAAUGCGGCACCGCUUUUAGAAAUUCUGACAGACCAGUGUCUGACCUAUGAACAGAUAACUGGCUGGUGGUACAGUGUAAGGACAUCUGCAUCCCAUAGUAGUGCAAGUGGGCACACUGGCCGUAGCAAUGGCCAGUCAGAAGUGGCUGCUCAUGCUUGUGCAAGCAUGUGUGAUGAGAUGGUGGUUCUCUGGAGGCUUGCUGUUUUGGAUCCGACCAUCAGCCCUCAUCGGCGAAGGGACUUGUGCACGCAGCUAAAGCAAUGGCAAUUGAAGGUAAUAGACAAUGUAAAAAGAGGACAGCACAAAAAAUCCCUUGAGAAGCUGUUUCAAGGGUUCAAGCCAGCUGUGGAAGCUUGCUACUUCAACUGGGAGGAGGCCUAUCCCAUCCCAGGCAUUACUUACAGCAGUGCUGACAAGAAGAACUCCUUUUGUUGGGUGAAGGCCAUCCAGCAGAGAAACUCUCGGUCACAAUGUGGAGAAACCAUCAGUGAAGCAGGGAGAGCUCAUGGGCUGGAUAUUUCAGGGACAUGCUUGCAGCUAGGGGACCGGUCAUGCCCUGCCUCUCAGGAGCCUGCUGUCCGCCCCAAAGAACUCAUUGGGAAGCGGAAAGUUGUGUCUGAAGGCCCCCAGCGGGUUCUGAGAAGACUUUCAGCAGAAGGUGAUAAAGCUGUAUACAAAACAGCUGUGAACAAGGGCAAGCUUCCAGUGGGAAAGAACUUGGCCAGUAAGCAUAGUGGGAAGCGUCGUAUGAGCAGUGAGGACAGCUCUCUAGAACCAGACAUGGCUGAAUCGACUUUAGAUGACAGCAGUUUGGCUCUUGGUGCAGAGGCCAGCAACACAUUUAGUUUCACAGACAGUCCCUCGAGCAGAAGUUACAGGGAUGCCUUUGAGGAUGAUGGUGGAGUGUACUUCUCGGAGACAACUGAGCCCACCCUCAGGAGCAGUCCCUCCUCCAAGAAAAACCCAAAGGACCCAGUGGGGGAAACGGGUAGUGGAGAUGAUGAUAUCCCUUGCCCUGAUGAAAGUACUGGUGGGGUGAUUUUGAAGCCAAAAGAAGUGGGGGAGAAUGGUGCUGCUGGAGGAGGAGGAGAAGAGGAAGAGGACGACUAUCAGGUGUACUAUCUGAAUCCCCAGGAAGUGGCUAAAGAAGAAGAUGACAAGGCUGAGGGAGGGGUAGAAGAAGAUCAAGACGUAUUUGCUGGGAUACAGCCCUUGGAGCAGGAAAACCGCAUGGAGAUCCUCUUUGCUUGUGCAGAAGCCUUGUAUGCACAUGGUUACAGCAAUGAAGCAUGUCACCUCACAGUUGAACUCGCCAAGGACUUGUUGGCCAACCCUCCUGAUCUCAAAGUGGAGCAGCCCCCAACCAAGGGAAAGAAGAACAAGGUAUCCACCAGCAAGCAGACAUGGAUGGCAACAAACACCUUAUCCAAAGCUGCUUUCUUACUGACUGUGCUGAGUGAGCGGCAAGAAUACCACAACCUAGCUUUCCAGAUUGGCAUGUUUGCUCUGGAGCUGCAGAGGCCACCAGCCUCUACAAAGGCUUUGGAGGUAAAGCUGGCGUAUCAAGAGUCUGAAAUUGUGGCCUUGUUGAAGAAAAUUCCACUUGGCUCUAAUGAGAUGAACACAAUUCGGGGCAGAGCUGAAGAACUGAGGGAAGGAACCCUGUGUGAUUACCGCCCUGUCUUGCCUCUUAUGCUGGCCAGCUUCAUAUUUGAUGUCUUAUGUACUCCAGUGGUUUCUCCUACAGGAUCCAGGCCACCAAGCCGUAAUUGGAAUAAUGAAAUGCCUGGAGAUGAGGAGCUAGGUUUUGAGGCAGCUGUGGCUGCUCUUGGCAUGAAGACGACAGUGAGUGAAGCAGAGCACCCUCUAUUGUGUGAAGGUACUCGUAGAGAGAAGGGAGAUCUGGCUCUAGCCCUGAUGAUCACUUACAAGGAUGACCAAUCGAAGCUGAAAAAAAUCUUGGAUAAGCUGUUAGACAGAGAGAGUCAAACACACAAACCUCAGACUCUAAGUUCAUUCUACUCAUCCAGCAAGCCUACAGUAGCCAAUCAGAAAUCUCCGUCCAAGCAUGCUUCCCAGUCAGCUGCACCCAUUCAGCAUCUCCCAGGAACAUCUGUCACACAGCAAGCAGGGGUAACCACGGCUGUCCAGAGUAACACUUCCGAACCCUUUUUGGAGAAGAGCACCCAAGAGAACCCUCAAAGAUCCGCUUGUGACCCACCUGCAGAACCCAGUGUCUUAAAACAUGAAGGGAAAGUUCCUAGCCGACUAGCCCUUGGAAAUAGAGGUGGAUAUAAUGGGAGAUGCUGGGGUUCACCAGUCAGACAAAAAAAGAAGCACACAGGAAUGGCCAGCAUUGACAGCAGUGCUCCAGAAACCACCUCGGACAGUUCUCCAACGCUCAGCAGGCGGCCCCUGCGAGGGGGAUGGGCGGCCACCUCCUGGGGCAGAGGGCAAGACAGCGACAGCAUCAGUAGCUCUUCCAGUGACUCCCUGGGCUCAUCAUCCUCCAGUGGAAGCAGGAGAGCAAGUGGAGGAGCACGUGCAAAAACUGUGGAGGUUGGCAGGUACAAGGGCAGGCGUCCAGAGAGCCACGCACCUCAUGUCCCAAAUCAGCCCUCAGAGGCAGCUGCACACUUCUAUUUUGAGUUGGCCAAGACAGUCCUUAUCAAGGCAGGUGGAAACAGCAGUACUUCCAUUUUCACUCACCCAUCCUCCAGUGGUGGCCACCAAGGGCCGCAUCGCAAUCUCCACCUCUGCGCCUUCGAGAUUGGACUCUAUGCACUGGGCUUGCACAACUUUGUCUCUCCCAACUGGUUGUCUCGGACCUAUUCCUCCCACGUCUCUUGGAUUACAGGGCAAGCCAUGGAGAUUGGCAGUGCAGCCUUAAACAUCCUGGUGGAGUGCUGGGAUGGGCACCUGACCCCUCCAGAGGUGGCAUCCUUAGCUGACAGGGCUUCAAGAGCUAGGGAUUCCAAUAUGGUGCGAGCAGCUGCUGAGCUUGCAUUGAGCUGCUUGCCACAUGCCCAUGCCUUGAACCCAAAUGAGAUCCAGAGAGCCCUGGUGCAGUGCAAGGAGCAGGAUAAUCUAAUGCUGGAGAAGGCAUGCUUGGCAGUGGAGGAGGCAGCCAAAGGAGGUGGCGUUUACCCUGAAGUCCUGUUUGAAGUUGCUCACCAGUGGUAUUGGUUGUAUGAACAAACUGUUGGUGGAACUCUUGCUCAGAGAGAGGGAGCCACAGGCUGCAGUGCAAGUGGAGCCCGGGCAUCUUGUGAAGCAGUUCGUGGACUGGCAGAUGCCAGAGUGACAUCAGAACCCACCACAGUAACUGUGGCAGCUGCGGUGACAGCAGCAGCAACUGUGGUGCCUGUAAUCUCAGUGGGGUCAACUAUCUACCAGCAGCACACUAUGGCCGGGCCAGCAAUGGCACAUGCACACACCCAGGGUCUGCACCCCUAUACAACACUCCAGACCCACAUCCCCUGCAAUCCUCAAUAUAUUGGACACCCUAUCCAGCACAUGCCACGCCCAGCAGUCUUUCCUGUUCCUGGCUCUGCUUAUCCCCAAGCGGGGUUACCCUGUCCUCUUCCUUUGCAGGGUGUCCACCCAGCAUUCAUUGGAGCACAGUAUCCUUACUCGGUAACUACCCCAUCAUUGGCAGCUACGGCAGUGUCCUUCCCAGGAGUGCCUGUCCCAUCCAUGACGCAGAUCGCUGUGCAUCCAUACCAUGCUGAGACAGGACUGUCACUGUCUUCCAAUGUAGCAAUAGGAAGUGUCCAUGCAGGGUCUACAUUCCCAGCAAUUCAAGGGACUUCCUUGACAAGUCUGUCUUCUCAGCCCAACUCCCUUGUUACAGGGGGCUUUCCUUCUGAGGAUGAACAGCACAGUCAGCCUGCAGGCAAUCAAGGGGUGCAUCACCUCCACUCUGCCUACCGAGUUGGGAUGUUGGCACUGGAAAUGCUUGGCCGCAGAGCUCACAACGACCAUCCCAACAACUUUUCACGCAGCCCACCCUACACAGAAGAUGUGAAAUGGCUCCUGGGAUUAGCUGCCAAAUUAGGUGUCAACUAUGUGCAUCAAUUCUGUCUUGGUGCAGCCAAGGGGGUCUUGAGCCCUUUUGUGCUGCAAGAGAUCAUAAUGGAAUCCCUGCAGAGGCUCAAUCCUGCCCAUGUCCACAAUCACCUGCGCACACCAGCCUUCCAUCAGUUGGUACAGAGAUGCCAGCAGGCAUACAUACAGUACAUCCACCACCGGCUGAUCCAUCUCACCCCAGCAGACUACGAUGACUUUGUGAAUGCCAUUCGCAGCGCCAGAAGCGCCUUCUGCCUGACCCCUAUGGGCAUGAUGCAGUUCAAUGACAUCCUUCAGAACCUGAAGCGCAGCAAGCAAACCAAGGAUCUGUGGCAAAGGGUCUCUCUGGAAAUGACCACCUUUUCACCAUGAUGGCUUGGGGAUGCUCCUUUAGCUACAGUUCUGUUCAUGGCAUCCUUCCUUACAGGAUCUUUUUUUAUUUUAUCUGUUGAAAACCACUGGUUUGAUGUAUUUAUACCAUGACAUUCCUCUUCAUGCAACUGUGGCUGUGCUCCACUUCCCUUGUUUUCUUCUCCCCCGCAGAUGGAGCCAAGAAAGUAUGUGGGAUGUGUGUGAGUGAGUGAGAAUGUGUGGUGGGAGGGAGGCCUGGCUAACACUUGGGGCAAUGCUUUUGACCCCCUUCCUGUGUGGAGUUUUUCUAAAUGAUCUGUGUGUUUAUGUAUGUAUGGGUGUGCAUGCAUGUUAAGGGGGUAAGGUGGAGCCUGUCCUUUAUAAUAUUUAUUUUGGCAUUUAUAAAUAUGUAUACUACUUUCUAUAAGGUUCUAAAAAUUUAAUUCAUCAUAGGGACAGGAGAGGCAGAGUUUUCUUUCUGCACAUCCUGGGCUCCUCCAUCACCAUUCCUACCUGCAGCAACUACGCAGAGGAGCUCAGGCUGAAGCUGAAAGGGCUCCUCAGCCAGCAUUGCCUACAUAUUUAGAUGGGCAAAGGUACCACUAGUACAUGCCCCAGGAUAGUAUUGAGCUGGCUGCUGCGAUUUCUUUGCUGCUUGGACUGUGGCCCUGAAAGAAUUUCUGUCAUCAGGCUUUGUAGGAUGUUCUAACAAUGGUGGUUCUGAAUUGUACAGUCAUAUUACUUUGGCUGGGAUGUUAGCUCUCCUGUAAUCAAUUUCUUAUUCCUUGUUUCAGUUUCCUGAUUAAAACUCUCAUUUUCUUAGACUGAC